AUGUGGCCUUUGAGCAAAAAGGGCAAGCCAAAGCUGACCAAAGAUGAUAUUGCCGGAAUUAGAAAAUUAUAUGGUAGGUGGCUAAAACCAAGAAAUGAUGUAACAUGACCACUGUCCCAAUAAGCGUUUUUAAGAUUAUCGAAAUUAUACUAUUUAUGCGUCCACAGACUUUACUUUUUUCCAGCGGGCACUAUAUUAUUCGCCAUCUGCACAUCUCGUCGCAUAAUACAUCUUUUUUCCCUCUUGCCCCUCUUGCCCCUUUUUUUCCCUCUUGAGGGGGUAGGGGAAGGGGGAGAGAUGUAUUAAGAGAGAUUAGCAUACGGCGAAUGUCAAACAGUCGAACCUCCCUGGUAAGCGACAGCCUUCCGUAGGCAACCACUUCUCCAAAACACCAAGCCCUACAGCUGGAACCGCUGUUAAACGACUACCCCAUGUAAUCAAGCAACCGCGACCACUAUAAGUGUCUAUAACUGUCCAUUGUUUUUAACCGCUUGUAAGCUGCACCGCUACUUGAUAUAAUGGGUCUGAUCUCUUUCCACGCAGUACAAAAACAAAAUGCCCUAAAUUAUUUGAGUGUCAAUGUAUUUAGCACGAAAGUACUAAUUGGAAACACUGUUUUAGGUCUCCUUAUACUGGAGACGGGACCACCAUUUUUCGCGGUCAUUCGAGCCACGCUAAGGUCUAUUCACGUGCAGUGCAAAGAGAGAACCUUCGUUUCUCAGUUAUUUUAAGACCCUGUGUAUCGCUCCGGUCCCGCGAUUCAAACCCGCGACCUCCCGCUCUGCAGUCACGGGUAACGUUCUACUGACUGAGCUGUACGUACUAUUCUGCUCCCAGUAUUCGAAGAACUUUUAGUGAAAAUAUGUUACUACACAUAAUAAUAUAUAGUAAUUGAAACUGUAUUCAAUAAAUUACCUUCCAUUAAAAUAAGUGAGUCCGUAACGGGUCAAAUUCUUGUAAGUAGCCACCUCCCGUAAGCGACCCCUAAGUCUUCACAUUUUGGUGAUCGCUUACAGGGAGGUUUGAUUGUAUUUUCCUUUUCGAUAAAGUUUCCAUUUUCUUACUUAGUAUUUUGAUAUUUGCACUGUCUACUUAAGACUUUUUUUUUUGUUCUUUUUCUUCUUCUAUGAUUCAGGUUGAUGCUCAUAAGGUCAAUUUCCAUUGGAACAGAUCUGUACUGAAUAAUUAACAUGAACAGGCAAAUGAGUAAAUAAAACGAGUUAACAUGAAACCUGUCUCCUGAUAUUUUUCUUCUUCUAUGAUUCAGGUUGAUGCUCAUAAGGUCAAUUUCCAUUGGAACAGAUCUGUACUGAAUAAUUAACAUGAACAGGCAAAUGAGUAAAUAAAACGAGUUAACAUGAAACCUGUCUCCUGAUCGUCUAUUACUUACUGAACAUUAGAAAUAAGGGGUAAAAAGAAAAAAUGGACGCAAAAAUUAACUAAUAAUUACAUCGCAAAUGAAAAUGUUAGUACAAUUAGGUAUGUGUAUAAUUAUGUAAGAAUGUUUUAGUUUUGGUUUUGUUUUGUUUUGUUUUGUUUUUUUUUCACGCGUGAUCCGGGAUACAUCAUAAACAAUGAAAAUUAAAUGGAUUUCGAACUGCAAUACGAAGAAGGCACUACUAAUUAUAACAGAAAUUAUGAACUGUUUUUUUCACUUAAUUUUGAAAGAGUCUGGUUUCUGAAUAUCAAUGCAAUUGAAAGGUUUUAAAAGGACUAUUAAUAAGGCCUAAAAUACUUUGGGAGUCCCCGUCAAAUAGCGAAUCUUCUAUUUUUGAGCAAUAAUUUUAAAAAAUAAUAAUUUCGUUUGUCGGACUGUUCUUGUUUAAACCACAAAUUGCAGCAGCCUCUUGCACAAUCUACGCACAAUUGUUACUAUUAUAAAAAUAUAUAUAUAUAUCUAUAAAUAUUUAAAUAGUACAUUAUUUGAAAAUAAAAAUAAUCUACCUUUAAGUGUUGUUGGGAUUACUGAAGAAGAUUUGAUGUAAUACUUAAGAGCAACUAACACUACUCUUGAAGUUAUUAUCAGUGAAGAGAUAUUAUCCGAAAAAUGUUUAUUUAAUUUUAAUAGCUGUAUUCCAAAUAAAUCGGCCACCAGAUAUAGAGUCCUUAACGAGGUCAUUUGGUCAAUAGCCAAUAAUUUUUCUUUUUUGAUUGAUUUAUUUUCCCACAAAAUUGAGCCACAAUGCUCCACUCCACGCCCCUUAAAGGCACUUUUUAACUGAAGUCUGUAGUAAAAUAUUGUCAAAAUAUUCACAUCGUUUUAGCUGAUGGUUGCUUGUCCGAAUUUUGUUUACAUAAGUAAUUAAAAAUUAUUAAACAACAUCGGUCUAUAACCUAAGUCACGUUCUCUGAAGUGUGCUGUUUAAACAGACAAGCAGCUGAUUUUAGCCCUUGCUUUUUAAAACAAGUGUGCUCGUGUUUUGUAUAUUCCAAAACUCUUCAAAAAACACUGACGGUAGCCCCCCGCCCGGGCCCCAUCCCUAGUUUCGCCACUGCCAGUCAUGAUCUGCUGAUGUAAUUGCCUGCUCAAUGUUUAUGCAGCCGCACCUAAGAACAUUUUCAAAGAUAAUUGUAUUUGUAAUUUACUGAAAAGUACAUGUCUCACUUAAUAUUUAUACAGCUUGAAAAGCUAAAAACAUAAAUAAAGGCCGAUGGUGUACUGGUUAUGCAGUUAACUGAAUGUCACACUAGUAAAGAUGGUUGUCAUCUUGGUAAUUGUUUCGUUUCUCUUUCUAAAUGCUGCCGUUUGUGAGGAGGAUGAAACCGAUUUCGCAUUGGUAGGUUAAACGUAUCCCUUUAGUGUUACAAAUCAGAAAGAUAGAAGUUUUGAGACUUAGAAGUUACUAUCAUUUUGUUUCUGAUUAUUCAUUACCUUACUAAGGUCGGUGAAGCACGGCUAGUAGAGUAGUAGUUUUCGUUCUAGAUCCAACAAAAACACUUAAUAUGAUAACAAAUUAGAGCAUUAUUAUUUAACAGCCUUAUAGCCUAUUGGUUCAAUUGGGAUUUUAUUUUUCAUAAACUACGCUGCGAUUAGAAGAGAAAGGAAGUUCAUCAUUGAAUAUGUUGUGUUAUAAAAUCGCUGAGUCUGUUUUAACCAUGCGAUUGGUCAAUUUGCGGUCCGUAACUUGCUUUAAGGACCAAAAUUUUUUAAAGAAAAUGCUCAUUUCGGAGGACUAAAUCUCUUUACCUCGGAAAAAAUGUUUAAAUUAAGUUAUAAGACGCCUGUCAACCUUGAGGACUUGCAUGUUGACUUUGGCCUUCAACAUUUUAAACUGUGUUUAUUUGUGAACGAAGUCGAUGAAGAAACUAACUCGUAAUCUUAUCGUAGAGGAUUCUAGUCAGUGUAGAAGACACUAAGAAGACGAAAAUCGACUGGCAGAGAUUCGAGACGUUUUGCCUAAGAGAAAAUGAGUAAUUCCUUCAACAAAUAUGAUAACAAACAUACCUGCACCCGAUCAUCUUAACAAGCUUCUUUGCCAUUUAUUUGCAGUGUUUUUUCAAAGACCAACUAAGGAAAAAUAGAAGCGAGUUCGAGGCAGACACAAUACUGUCCAGUUUUCAAAAGACUCCAGCGUCACAUUAACGAGUGAAUACUUACAAUGUUCUUAGUUUCCACCGAAUAAACUUUGAAAUAUGUAUGUAAACCCUGAGGACUGGGAUGUUGACUUUGUUGUAGAAAAUGAAUCGUAACCUUACCGAGGAAGAGAAUUCUAGUCAGUGUUUGAAAAAAUUAAUUUUAACGCAGAUCACAAUUGAAGACGAGAAUGGACUGGCAGAAAGAGAAGUUUUCCCAAAAACAAUUAACGAGCGAAUCCAGUUCGACAAUUACAACAAACUUACCUUGAGAAGCUUCUUUGCCUUUUGCAGUGUUUUUUCACAAGGACAAACGGAGGAAAGAUGGAAACGACUUCUAGACAGACACAGGGUCCGGUUUCAAAAAUACUCGGUCCGUAAUUUACAGUACGGACCGAAAACUCGGCUAACAAGAGGUACUUAUCUAAAGAGAGGUAACACUCCUGAAAAAAUUUCCAACAUUGCUCUUAUGCCUUUUUUUUCCUUUCUUCCGGUUAGAAUUACCUCACCAACUUUGGCUACAUAUCCAAAACCCGUUCGGGAAAUCACGAUCCUAAAACUGCGAUUAAAGGUUUCCAGAGCUUCUUUGGUCUACCUCAGACAGGGGAACUUGAUGACGAAACAAUAUACCAAAUGAAAAAGCCACGUUGUGGAGUCCCGGAUGUUUACAACGAAAAUGGAAGAGUGAAACGCUCACCGUAUCCAGGCACUGUAAGAAAAUGGAGACAGACUUAUUUUACGUACUUUGUGUACAAAGGAGAAGAUCUUCCAGAAUCUGAGCAGCAACGAAUCUUUGCCAAGGCCUUUAACAUCUGGAAAGCUGCUGCACCAAGGUUAAGGUUUACCAGAGAAAAGACUCAGGAAUAUGAACCAACAAAGGCUGACCUGAAAAUCAGGUAGAAUUUUCUCUUUUCUUAGGUAAUGCCAAUAUCAAUUAUUUAGUAAUAUCUUGUUUUAUCAUAUAACUGAAUCCGCGGGCGGGCAAGGUGAAGCGACUUUUGUUUUCUGAUUGGCUACUCGAGCGAUCAAAUUAAGAUGGGGUUAUCUGGCCCGCACGAAAUCUGUGAUUUGUGAUAGGUGGAUUUCGAUCCGUUUUCUGUGUUUCUCGGUUCGUUGCUUUUGAACGUCAGAGUUCGGUCGCGUGUUUUUGAAGAAGGCAGUAAGUUUUACCUUAAUAGCUUCCGUUUCUUAUUUUCCUUAUCCUGAAACAUGGAAAGUUUAGAUUGUUCCCGUGGAGCUUCCAAAUCCAUUGCGGAAGAAACACAGAUAUGGGGGGGGGGGGGGGGGGGGGGAAAAAGGAUGUGUUAGGGGUAGAAAAAAACAACAAACCACAAAAAUUUUUUUCAAAACAUAAACAUGUCUGUUUUUUUUUAAACACUGUAAACACACGUUUUCCUUUAAUUGGGUUUGUUUUUUUUUGUUCUAUCUAUAGAAAAAGGUGUCGUUUAUGAUCAGCUCGAGAGAUGAAGAGGGAGAGAAUGGGAGAGGAGGGGGGGGGGGGGGGGGGGGGGGGGGGGGGGGGUGAAAACGGUUUGAUUGACGUUACAGAAAAACCCAAAAUCCUGAAACGUUUUUGACAACAUAUAUAGGUCGCUUGUUAUCUGAAACAGCUGUAACCAAGCUUGUUCUGUCCAGAUGGGUUAUAAUUGGUCUUGUUUUUUCUUCUUUCCCUUUUUCUUCUGUUUAAAAUGAACCUGGGCCUCCUCUAAGUUCAUAAAAACGUAAAAAAAGAACUUGGCCGAUAUUAGCCAACUUGACCUCCAGCUUGGUCAACAAAGUAUAUGUUUCUAAAACAAAACGUCUUAAAAAGCUAACAAUUACUUUUAAACUGUUGUUUAGGUAUUUGCCAAGCACAUCACCUAAUACAAGUAGAUUAAUGCUUGUUUUCUGAUUCAUGGUCUGUGUUGCUAAUAUUUUCAAACAUUUUUACGAAUAUGUAUAGUUAUGUUUUAACUUACGGUUUUCCGUUUAUUUUCCUGUGAUAUACAAUCAGUUUUGGCAAGGAAAGGCAUUCUGGAACUCCGUUUGAACCUCGCUGCACAACCGUUUUCGAUGGCAAAGGAGGCAUGGUAGCGCACGCUUAUGCCCCGCGGGAAGGGCGAAUCCAUUUUGACGACGACGAAAAAUGGACUGAGAAGGGUGGAUUUUGGAGUAGAUCACAAAGCUUGCUGUUUACCGCGGUCCACGAGAUUGGCCACGCUCUGGGUCUCAACCACUCCAACAGAAAAGACUCCGUUAUGUGGCCAGAAGCCCAGAAAGGUGUUCCUAAGCUUUCUAGUGAGGACGUUAGAGCAAUACGGCAGUUGUUCAGUAAGUCUGUUGUUUUCUCUCUCUCAAUUUAGAUGGUUGGAUGUGUUUUCUGUGCCUGAUGUUGUCUGAUUGACCAUGACCUAGCCAAAAAGUAAAAUAUGAACAGGUACACCUCAUCAGGAAUGGCUGUUUUGGAGUUGUAAAUCGUCAUAGACAAAAAAAUAUAUAAUAAUGGAAACGGUUCCUUGAUAGAAUUCAGUGAAAGUCCCAAAACUGGAUUUUUUUUUUCUUUAAUGGCUUAAGACUUUUAUUAAUAAAAUGAAGCACUUGAACAUUCAUGUGCCCAUCUCUUUUCACAAGACUGAAAAUAGAUGACAUUGUAACAAUGAAAAAUCAAAGUGGGAGUUGCAGCACAUGUUGCAGCCUGGGUCUGGGAUACAGAAUUAUUUUCUACUUUCGAGAUUUAUUCAAGUUUUCUUUCUUGAUUUAGUGAGGGGUGAAUUGUGCCAAUGCUUUCUUUUCGCUUCCUGCCUUUUUUUUGCUCUCAUUGAGCGACACACUUCUUUAACAUAGAUGUAUGACGUUCUGUAAGUUGUUACGGUCAUAUUUUGUCUUACUUUAAAGUGCCCAUAGCCUAAAAUUUUUCAUUUUCUUAUCUGAAACUAUACCUUAUUAAAAUUUCUUCUGCGAAAAAAUUUUGCGGUUUGAGCAAAACGCGAUUUUUUUUACCAGUUUUUUAAAGUCUACAUUUUUGCGGUACAUCCGCGACGCUGGUCACGCAAACUAGCAGGCUCACAUAUGACGUCAUGCGACGUAAAUUAAGGACCUCGCAUUACCUUGCCUUCAACUGCUUUACACAAAAAAAGAUCAAUUACAAGAAAGGAUUGACUCACAACGUCUUCGCAAGAAGAAAGUUUUUCUGAGACAGAAAAACCUACCAGAACUCUUGAUGUUUUCCUGUCAAUAAAGCCACGUGUUCCUUAAAGUACGUCAUAUGACGUCAUACUCCGAGAGAAGACUAAGACGAAUGGUGUGCCAAAAUGGCGGCAAAUUUGAACGUUUUUAAAAAAAUUCUAAAAAAAUCGUCUUUGGUUCAAAUCCCAAUUUUUUUCAGCGGAGGUUAUUUUAAUAAGGUGUAGUUUCAGAUAAGAAAAUGUAAAAUUUUAGGUUAUGGGCACUUUAAGUUACCAACAGUUUGUUUUUCCUUUCAGAUUAACGCUGAUGUUGGUGUAAUCGAGAGUACUGAGUUUGUUAAAGCGAAUCAUACUACUAACAAUGAGUUUAAAUAAAGAAGUUUAAAGAAGAAAAAAAAAUUGCAGAUACUUUGUGUAUUGGUCCUUGAUAGCUAUAGAGAACAAUUAGACAGAGAGGGAAUCUUAGGGCGUUGGCGAAGGAUAUGAGAAUUUCACUAAAGUUAUUUUGAGAAGCUGUAAUCAAACGGAAGACCAAUUCCUGAGACGUCCGCAGUCCACGCGCGAUUGUCUCAAGUAAACAGUGCCGAAUAUUGCAAUGGUUACUGCUGAAUUCGUUCUUAAAAGCACUGAAUAUAAGUUUGCAGACCUCUCCAGAAACCAACCUCCGAUUAAUUUUAAGCGUUAAAUUGGUCUUAAGACUGGGCGUUUUCCCCUACGGUCCCAUUACUAUUUAUUGAUAAUUAUUUUUUUCCGAUGCACAGUUAACCAGUCAAGCAACGAGAGGGACGUAGUUGCGGGCGCUUACCUGAGUGGUUGUUGGGAGAGCCGAGUGGUGGGCAGGGUUAUGUUAAAGGCUUUGUUUUCUGGAUAGUUGGCUGUUGAUUGUAUCUAAAAAGCUACAAUAUAGCAGUUCAGGACAAAAAUGUGUGACCUGAUAGAAAUAUGAAAUUAAUUGCCAUGAACGUGUAACAAUAGAGCGUUUUCAGUCACUUGGCUAAUAGCUAUGCAAAUCAAUGGAAAUAAAAGAUGGUUUUUGCAUUAGAAAAAACAAUUCUUUUACCGCAGGACUGAUUUGAACAUCAACAUGUCCGCCGUUUCGUUGUUUUGGGACACCAAUAUGGUGGACGUGACAUCAUUUGAAAACUCGCUGUAUACAGGCGCCCAGUAACAUAAAGAAGCCGAUCUUAGCCUUCUACGGCUUCGUGUGGUCCAGAACAUUUGGAGGAAUUUAUGGUUUUUAUUGUGUUAAUAUUACUUAAAGCUUCCUCCAAAGGCGUUCCUCCAAUAGUAAUUAAAAAAAAUGGUCGUUAACUUUUCGAAAGGGCCAAUCUAAAGCAUGCAACACAACAGUCUACACUCGGCUGUGAGUGAAUAGAAAAACAAAACUAAAGAAAAAUAGGUCAGGAAUCUUCCCUGCCUAUUUCAGAGGAUGUUCUCAAUUGUUACUUGCUUAAAAAAGAUUCUUAAACAGAUGCAAACCCAAAGGACAGACGUUUUUUUUUUUUUUUUUUUUUUUUAACAUCCCCGGGUUUGGUGGCGUGUAAAAAGGGAUUUUUUGGUUAAAACAAAAAAAAAUACUUUGGCCCCGAUUAUUAGAACCCUUAGAAAAGUAGAGUGAAUGUGGUUGGGUUCUUCUUAAAACGCAAUUUUUUUUUUUUUUUUUUUUUUUAACAUCCCAGUGUUAGGUUGCGUGUAAAAAGGGUAUUUGUGGUUACAACAAAAGAAAUGACCUUGUCACCAGUACUUAGAACCUCUUGAAAAGUCAGCUGAAAGUGGUGCUCCUUUCCUCUAACUACAGUGUAUAAGGAGGCAAACCGUCUGGUCGAUGGCAUUCCGUCCCACCCAAGAUGAGAGGGGAAAAAACAUGCUUUUGUCGAUUCCACACGAUCAAUUUCCUUUUAAAGCGAAGUGAAGAGUGAUCGUAUUAACACGAUAAUUUUAUCAAAUUUAAUAUAUUGUCGCAUUUAUCAUUUAAAUUACGCAUAUAUGGGAUCAUCGCGACAUAAAGCAAUACACUGAAAGUGUGCGAUAUUACAAUGAGGCCGCAGCUAUAUUGUUAUAUUUCAUUCAACUAAUUCAAGGAUCAACAAUUGACAAAUGGUUCAAAAAUUUCUUUCGUUGAUAACCAGAAAGGUGUUACAAUGCUUUGUACCUUCGUGGCUUUCUCUCUUGUCCUGAUAAACAGUGUAGUAAGUGAAGUUGACCCUGACGACGAGAAAUUUGCUACGGUAAGUCAAAACACCAGGAAAGAAUAACGCCUCUUGGGUUGUUUACAAAUACACGUAUACGUAUGUAAAGACAAAGGGGGUCAGUUUCUGUCUUGAAAUUGAACGUACAAUAGAUCGAGUUAUUUUCAGGGAAGAGUGUUUUUCAGAAACUAGAUCGAUCUAGAGUCGCACAAAUGCUUCCUCCCAAUACGACUUUCCAAAACAGAGGGUUCCACUAUUCAAAUUCCUACAGAAAGUUAAUGUCCUAAAAUAAUUCGGAAAAAAAUAAACAUAUAAUAGCCAACGAGACCAGAUCAAAGAUAUCAUCAAGAGCGAGAGCAACAGUGAUUAUCCAUUACUUCAAAUAGCUCUUUAUGACGUUUAUACUAGUAUCAUACAGUCUGUGAGAAUCAAUGAACUCACCCCUUAAUUACAACCUAUAGUAAACAUUUAAGCAAAUUACGAGAGCUCUUAGAGUUUUGUAAGUGGUGUUUCUACCUCUUGUUCUUUUGGGCGAUGAUCUGUUUUUCUCGAACCCUCAUUUAUCCUACGAGUGAAACACCAUUGCCUAAAGCCUAAAGCAGUGGGAAUAAAGGACUAGACUCUCGCCAUGUAAGAAAAUCCAAGACAGUCUUGGAAUUCUGGAUUCCACGCCGUGGAUUCCAGAUUUCAGGAACUGGAUUUCAGUCUUUGUCAGUGGAACUUGGAUUCUGGAUUCCAAUCGUUAGUGGAAUUCUGGAUGCCUUGAGCUGUAUUCCAGACUCCAAAGCCCAGGAUUCCGGACUCCACAAGCAAAAAUUUCCCAGAUUCUGGAAUCCGGAUUCCCUUUCAUGGGGCGAAUUAGAUCACCGUGCCCUUUGCACUCAUAAUGAAUUCUACUGAUAUUUUACUUUCCCGAUCUAUCCGUGUAAUAGAAUCUAAGUCUGCAAGAACCAGCAAGAAAUGAUAUUUUUUUAUACAUUUUUUUUCUUUUCAAUCUAUGUUGAUUAAACUCUACGAAAUUUAUCCAAUGUGCAUGAUUGUAUUUUUAAGAAGAGCUAGAGUGCAGAGUUUUUAUUCGCCGUUUUUAUGCGUGGGUUAUAUACCUGAAGGAAGAUUUCGUGAGCCUGAUUUCGCACUCUAGUGUAGAUCAUUCCAUUCCUUGGCGCAGUAUGUUUUUCAAAUUCUGCCGAUUUUCUUAUAUGUUUAAGGUAAUUUUGAAGCAUAUUCUUUAAUACGAAAUAUCAUGAAUAGGAGUUAGCAUUUAACUACCGUUUGCAGUGCAUGUCAUAAUGUCUUCGUGUUUGUUUGGCUUUACUCUUUUAGCUCGAUAUUUGAGCUUAUAAAGGAUAAUAAGGUGCAUAUAUUCCUUUUGCAAACCAACUCAUAUAUUGACUCAUAAUUACAAUCUGACCUUCAAUAAAGUUCUAAAAAAGUUUGAACUUUUUAAUAGAAGCAUCAAAACAUAACACUGAACCAAUAUUAACCAAGGCUAUUUUGAGCCACAUUUUUUGGAUAUUGCAUGUACCCUUAAGAUGAAAAGUGUUUCGGAAAAAAAAUACCAUUUAAAGCGACUAUCCAAAGUUAUUAUCAUAAUUGUUACAUAUAAAGCAUCUACUUUUAGCCGAAGCAACUAAAUGAGGAGUUGAAGAAAACUUAAGGACCCAGCCAAACUGUCAGACAGGAACGUCCAAUCUCGUUUACUGAAGGUCAUUACUGAAUUUGACAGCCAUUUAAAUUUAUAACAGACAUUUAGUAAUUCAUAAAAAUUAGUCAGAGCAAACCAAGUCCAAUGGAGACAUGAAAAUCAGAUCGUCAUUGCCAAAAGGCUUUGCAAAUUGGCCUUGAUUAGUUAUCGAAUUACUUAGUGGCAUCUGAGCAGUUAUACACAGGGCUCUAAACAACUAUUAUCACUACACACGGCGAAAUGACAAACUACCCUCUCUGAAACGCUCCUUUUCGCGAGCCAAACGGCAAAGUGCGGACUGUAAAUGGAAUUUGCAGCCCGCAACAUGAUUUAAUGUUGCAAAAUAUAUUUCUUAUGAAAUAAAUUUCUACGAUUUGGCCUUGUAUAUUGACACUAAUGAUAAUCAUAUGACUUUUGGAGGUCAUAUAGUUUAAUUGUGUCCCGAUGUAGCAUCAUUUGCAACUAUAUGCCCUCAAAAAGUCACGUACUAUAUAUAUAUAUAUAUAUUUUUUUUUUUUUUUUUUUUUGAGCAAACGGUUUAUUUAUCUGAAAAAUUCAGCAAAAAUUUUUUAUUAACUGUGUUUUGCCUUUAUCACAUCCCCUUUCAUACAAUUUAAAAUUAUUACUAAAUUAAGGCGAGGAGAUCACAAAAAAUAAAAAAAAACAUGAUACCAGUGGAGAAUUUUUGUAAAAAUUAAUGGACAUGUAUAUGUAUUUUAUUGUGUUUAAAGUUGUGCUCCUCCCGUGUUUUCUUUUGAAAUAAAUUUUUUCGGUUUGGCCUUUUUUUUUUUUAUUUAUUAUUAUUAAAUUAAUUUUUGGGGUUAUUUAUUUUUAUUGUUUCCCCAUUUUAUAUUAUUUUUAAAUUUAUUCCCUUAAAAAAGUCCGUUCUUUUUUUUUUUUAUUAUUUUUUUUUUUUUUUUUUUGAGCAAACGGUUUAGUUAUCUGGAAAAUUCAGCAACAAUUAUUUAUUAACUGUGAUUUGCCUUUAUCACAUACCCUUUCAUACAAUUUAAAAUUAUGACUAAAUUAAGGCGAGGAGAUCCCAAGAAAUCAAAUUGAAAAUGAUUACAGGUGAGACUUUCUGUAAAUAUUAAUGCACAUGUAUCUGUAGUGGUUCAAUUUUAUAGUUGUUUUAUUGUAUUUUUCUAUGUUUCAAGUUGAUUGUCAUACAUUAACAAACCCCAAAACCGAAAACAAGGAGAAACAAAAACGGUGAGCUCCAAGGAUAAAAUGAAUCCGCAACACAUGUAUUAAUAACCGCGUUAUCUUUCUUACUUUAGGAGUACUUGAAGUUUUACCACUACAUCUCACCAACAGACACCGGUAACCACAACACCACAUUAGCUAUCGAGAAGUUCCAACGAUUCUUUGGCUUGUCUAUAACUGGUACCCUUGAUGACGAGACUUUAGAAGUUAUGCACAAACCCCGUUGUGGAGACCCGGAUGUAAAUGACGCAGGCACACGCGUGAGACGGUACGCAACCAGGGGCAUAUGGAAUAAACAAAACCUGACCUAUUAUUUGUCGUAUGGGAAAGAUAUGACGCAUUCUGAACAAUCACGAAUCUUUGCCAGAGCCUUUAAAUACUGGAGUGACGCAGCACCAACUUUGAACUUCACUAGAACCUAUAACCCUAACACAACCGAUAUAAAAAUCAGGUAGGUUUGUGAUUUAUUAUUGAUAAUGAAGUUCAAAUAAAACGCGCCCGCUUCUGAUUGGUUGAAUAAGAGCGCUUUAUGAGAGUACAAGACAUGAAGCUAAAGCUGUCUCGCCAUCUGCCAAUAAUUUGUUCUGAAAAUUAGAAAGUAAUGCGGCGUGGGAAAUUUGUAUAGGUAAUAGCAUGAUUCGUAGUGAUAUUUGACAAAAAUACCACGAGUGAUCAGUAUUUAAAAAUUGUUAUACGUAAUUUGAGAAAAUUUUGAAAUGUCACGAGUGGUAUUUGUGCCAAAUAUCACGUACAAAUCAUGCUAUUAAUAGUUUAUACUCCUACCCGUAGAAGGUUUGUAAUUUUCACAUGUAGGCAUUUCAAAUUAAGCUGAAAUACCACUGCUCUUAGCCAAUCAAUUUGCAGAAAUUUCCCAUGUAGUAGUAUAAAAGAUGAAACAAAAAGGCUGGGAACAGACUAGUAGAGUACUUUUCGAGCUCUAGCCACUCCAGCCACUCCAAGUGCAUGCGUUAAAAUAGAGCAGAGCACAGUCAAGGCUUCCUUAUUUGUUAAUCAAACUUUAAGUAGCACUUUUUCUCACCCUUCUCUUCCCUCUUUGGUUCUAAUGUACCCAAAUGGGAUGGUAGGUGUACCCUCUCCUUUGCUCAGUUGUAUAACAUAUAUAUGUAUCUGGGCUUUCUCGGCUUUUUACACAUGCACGAAAUGAUCGGCCACUAUGGUGGCCAAAUUCAUCCCAAAAUGGAUUUGUACUUGUUUCCAUCCCAGUACACAGAGCUCCCCAAAGCGAGAACCCUCCACCAUCAAUAUAUAAUUGACCUAAUAUAAUUUGUGUAAAGGAACAUCGAACAUAAGUACCAUAUUUUAUCAUGAAUAUUGUAGGUCGAUAAAAUCUCACAUUCGGGGUUUAAGAGAGUGAAGGAGGGGGGAGGGGGGGUUGGGGGUUGGCGUCACCCACACCUAUUGUUGUUGUUUCGGAUUUCAUCCAGAUCUUUACUUAUUGUUCUAAUCAUUAAACACAUUUUGACAAAAUCUUUUGACCACCGCUAGCAUGGUAACGACAUAUGACUUCCUUAGUAGUAAGAGUUCAUGCUCGCAGGUUUGCUCUUUUUGCUGCAAAAAUAUUUAAAAAUAGCAUCAACGAAGAGUAGGAAAUUGUUGCUGUUGUUGUUUUUUUUUUCCAUUUUUUCAUAUUUUUUCAUUUUUGAUGAUGAUGAUGAUGAUGAUGAUGAUGAUGAUGACGAUGAUGAUGAUGAUGAUGACGAGUUUCACCGAUAUUUUAAAGAUAUGUAUACUGAUACAUCACUGCCUUAAGUGUAUAAUGGGACUACGGUACGCUUGGUUACCACCGGACCACUGUUUUAACAAACGAACACAUCAAUAUUGACUUCAUUAUAAGUUUACUUGGAUAUUAACGAAUAUUUUUUUCUUCUAAAGAUUUAGACAAAAGAACGUUACAGUUCUUUGAAAGAAGAUUUAUUAGCUCCCCCCACCUCGAUUGAGAUACCUCCCUUCAAUAAGCGCCCUCCUCUUAGACGAAAUUCAGUAUCGAGGCGACUGGGUGCUUAUUCGAGAAAAUACAGCACAGGCACAAUAUGGUGUGAUGUAUUUAGUUUUAAUUUUCAUAUAUCAAUUGCAUUGAAUCUAAACCUUUGCAGCUUUGGACGAAGACGACACGCUGGAGUCCCAAAUGAAGGAAGUUGUCCUUACCCUUUUGAUGGACCAGGAAGGGUCAUUGCGCACGCUUUUUUCCCUCUUCCAAACUUUUUUAGGCGAGGUCGAAUCCAUUUUGAUGACGAUGAAACGUUUACAAAGUUUGGUAAGCUAAUAUAUCAUAAGUUACUCGAAUAUUCUUAGACUGUGGAAGCCAACAACAACAAAAAAAAAAUUAUUGAAAAUUGGAAAUAUAACCAAUUACAUUACUCUCCCACCCGCAAAUAGCUUAUAAUUAAACCAAUCGAGGCGGGGGGAACUGAAGACGUAUUACAAGUACAAGGUUUAUCUAUAGAUGGACUAAAUAACAGUGACGACAGUACCAUUAUUAUUACUAUUACUAUUUAAUUUGUAUGAUGUUUGUGAUGCCGAAGUGUGGUAAUGGUUUAAAAAUAUAGCUAGUAACUAUUGCAGAGAUGGCAUCUGUUGGAAGGUCCCUUUGAUAAAUUACGCGCUCUUUACAGGUUAUUAGGUAUCAGAGGCGGAUCUAGGGGAGGGCGCAGGGGGUGCGCACCCCCCCCCCCCCCCCCCACCCAAGACGACCUGCGGUUUUCUAAUACAACUGAUAUUCUGCAGUAGAAGCAAGAUUCCGAAGUAGAGCAAGAGACGAGUGCACCCCCUCCUAAAAAAAAUCCUGGAUCUGCCCCUGGGCAUUUUACAAAUUUUAAAACGUGUUCUUCUGAAUAAAGUUUCAGGGUUUUGGCAGGACAUUUUUUCCUUGAAAAACUCAUUUAUACGUGGAUAACAAGAAAAACCAUCGUACAAAAUCAACUAUAUAUCGUUUAUCACUAAAACAUUUAAAUAAAUAUAUGAUCUUCUCCGUUGUAAUGGCAAACUUGGGGCUAAAUUUUUUUCCAAGUAGUCAAUUUGCAAUUGCUUAAAUUGAAUCAUUUGCAGUUGCUACUGCAACAAUCACUUAUUCAUUCAAAUUUGUCUUAACGCAGUUCACUUUAUCCGAUCUUCAUUCUAAGUACGAAACACUUUUUUUAAACUUUGAAUGUAGGUGGUAAGUCGUCUGGUUGGUUUUGGUACCGACGACGAACCAUAGGGCUCCUUUACACGGCGGUGCACGAAAUAGGUCAUUCAUUAGGCCUUAUGCAUUCCGAUGUAAACAGCGCGGUUAUGUGGCCCAUAGCAAAGUCGGGCAAACCAGUCAUGGACCAGGAUGACAUUGAUGGGAUAAACGCUCUUUAUGGCGGAGGAGGAGGAGGGGUAAGUAAAUAGACUGGGUAGGAUGGGUUAUGGUUAGGAUUAGGGUUUAGGGUUACGGAUUAAGGUUAGGGUUAGUGUUAGGGUUAGGGUUGGUGUUAGGGGUUAGGAGUUUGGGUUAGGAGCUACCUGAAUCGCUUCAUAAGUCCCUGAGUUUCAUCUGGCACCGAAACAAUCAGGCAACUUUAAAAAAAUGAAUUAGAAUAGUUCCCAUCUCAUCAGAAAUCCUGUUGUAAUUAUAUGGCAAAAUUCAUCGUAUCGACUGAGAAAUAAACAACUAUACAAUUUCCCCUGUUUUAGUACUUAAUUUUGUUCUCUAACAUUUGACUGAGGGAAUGAGAGUUAUACUAAGAACUCUACAAAGUCGAUUAUUCUUUUUUGUUGAUGAUUUUUGUUUGUUUGUUAGUUGUUGUUGUCGCUUUCAGAGUCACAUCCGACACGUUUGACCGAAAUGGAGUCUUUUCGUCUUUUUUAGGAUGACGCUUGAUGUGCUUUAAAUGGGUUGAGAAGAAUCAAGAUGUGUUGCUGGGGACGACGUGGCUGUUUAACUUCUAGUCUCCUCGUAUCGAAGAUUUCUAAUUAAACACUGCUGAGUUUCUUAGCAUGCUAGCCGCUCCCUUUAGAGCUCGCCUAUACGGUACAAUCCUUGGUUCAAAAACUGUUGGCAGCUUGUUAUUCUCGUGGUACAAAACCCAGUUGCCGAUCCAGACCUUGUCUCAUUUUUUUUUUUUUUUUUUCCUUCGAGUCCCCGUUUGGUUUAAAAUUGGGGGGGGGGGGGGGGGGGGCCCCCCCCCCCGCCCCCCCUAAACACCCGCGCAAAGGGGAGCAAGGGACGGCCUGGGGGCGCAAACAAAAAACAAACAAAACGCUUCUUUUGAGCUGUCGCGUUGUGGUAACAAUCUUGGUUUAAACGCUGUGGUGUUUUUUUUUUUUCUGGUGGUAAAACCCCCAUUUCCUGUCCCAUCCUUUUUUUUUUUUUUUUUUUUUCGGCCCUGCGCGUCCCUUUUUUUUUUAAAGGGGGGGGGGGGGGGGGGGGGGACUCCCCUGCAGCCGCCACUGAAACUACCGUGCAAGUUGAAGCAAGGGACGCACUGGGGCAGAAAACAAAAACAACACAAAACAAAGAGCUCAUAGAAUUCGAAAUCGUAGUUUUUGUUUUAAUUUUCAUGUUCCAGUGCUUCUUUUGCUCUUCAACAUGAGUUUUAAUUUGUACCACGUGAAUGGUUACAUAUAGCUGCAAAAGGACCUUUUACGGGAUACAACUUAGAGACUCGGAUAGAUCAUUAGAUAGAGAGAUUAUUCGGAAAUUCGUAAGAAGGCCAAUUAUAUAUGUGGUCAACCGAUAAUAUUAAGAUAUUAAGGGUAUUGUAUUUUAAAAUUUAGAAAAUUUAAGUGUUCGUAUGGGAAAACAACAAAACUUUAUUUCUUUUUUUGGAUGAUAAUAGAUAAAUUACACUUACAGACUACUUGCAAAUAGCGAAGCUAAUCGAGGCAGGUAGUAUGAGGACGUAUCACAACACACUUAAAUUUCAAUAUUUUAUACAAAGAAAGUUACAAGAUAAUAAAUAUGGCAUUACAUAUUAAAUACAAUAAUUACUAUAAAUAUGUUAAUCAUAAAUAAAUAAGAGACUAGAGGAAUGAUAAAAAGACGUAGGAUUACCGCCUUACGAAGUCUCAAGCGCUGGGAAUAUAAAUAAACCGUUCUCGACCGUCAAGCGGGUGGACUAGCGACUACUGACAUGACAAGUCAAGUAUUUUUGGUGUUUUCCUCUUAUUUAAAACUCGAUCGCUCCUACGAGUUUAAAACCUUUAAAAAUCGUAGUGCCACCAUAUUUUUUUACCCCUUUCUAUCUUUCGUAUUUUUGAGUUUGUAUACCAUAGAUUUGUAUCCCAUAAUUUUUAUAAGAAGAGUCGCGUGACCCCAGGUAAAAAAAGGCCCUAAGUGCCCAUGAACUUAAGUCACCUUUCGUGUAUUCCUUAUUAAUGUAAAGUACGAGGCGUAACGUUAAGGCGUAGUUUUAAAGUUGAUAGAAACACUCCGGCUCAAUAGGCCUUUUUCAAGAUAGCGUCAUUUUACUCACCAGAGUCCUAUUCGCUUUUCCUUCAAGUUCAUAUUAAUUUUGGUACAUAGCAAAAGUCUUAAUUUGCACACCAAAGCAAAACCCUGUAGGAUAUAUUCUGGUCGUAGUAGCAAAAAUGAUGUCAUUGUGAAAAUGGCAUGUAUUUAACUCUAUGGAACAUACGAAAUACACUGAUUAACAACAUCCCUCGUCGAUUUUAAUUUUCUGAAAUCGAACAUGCAAGCCAAAUUAGGAAAAAUGCGCUUAAUACAAAAACGAUGAACUCUCGUUCUAUUCUUUGUCAGGCUUUUUACAUCGAAUGGAAAACCGUGUCUCACUGACGAAGUUUGACUUAAGUAGCAAACUAAUAAGUAUGCGUGAAUAAAUGCGUUUGUUUUCAUUUUGGUGGAUUUGUUCAUGUUAAUAAUCUUUAUUAUCAUUCCAUGCAAUUUAUUCUUCCUUUUCAUAAGCCCAAAGCCCACCUCGUGACCUGCAAAUAACUGCCAUCAAAUAAUGGUCUGCUUAUGCGCAAUGUCGCCCAUCUGUGUUUGGGCUAUGCGUAAACGAAACAACGCUUUCUCUGUCUUGCGAUCGUUCUUGAGUGAAAAAAGGCCGAUCGCUCUGCUUUCCAAAGAUAUUCAUAAAAAAAAAAACAAACACACAAACUUGGUGAUCGAAUGAUAAAAAAUUAUUAAAACUCGGUUAUCACAAAAUAUCAUGAUUUGUCAAAGGUGAGCAGAUCAAUUAUUUGCCAAAGCCGCUAAGGGAAAUAAUUGACCUGCUCGCCACUGACAAAUCACGAUAUUUUGCGAUAACUGAGUUUUAAUAAUUUUCAACUAUUCUUUCAUCUUAACUUCAGCUAAUACCUCCUGAUUCAGUUUGUAACGGCUGACUCAACAGCCUUAAACAUUUUCUUUUCUUACGGGAGUGACUAUUUAUCAUUUCCAGUGAAAAAGAAUUUAGACACGUUGGCACGACUGUUGAAUUGUCCGUAAAAUAACGUUUCGGGCCAGGUUGCUCCCAUUUUGUAUGAACCGGAGCGUACUUCGAUCCUUAAAACUAUUUUUUAAUCUUCAUAAACAGUCACUUAGGCUUUCUUUUCUCGUAUUCCAGUUUCAACGUAGCUCUUAACAAUACUACAAACUUUUGAACUUCGCUCCAGUAGGUAGUUUAUAAUUGAAUGAACCGCUUUUCCCCUUUGAAGCCCGAUACAAAGUUCAGGUCUAGAUUAGCGUGUUGCUAUUAUUGACCCUUGCCUAACGUAAAAACGUGGUAUUGCAUCUUGCUUUACUAGCCAAUAUAUUCUCACCUGCAUUGUUUGUGUAUUAACAUGACUCCAGUGUUUACACCUAGAGUCAUGUUCAAAGAAAUUUCGUUACAAUUGACCGAAUCUGAACAAACAUAUAAAAGAACACAAUAAAUUGUCAUUUCAGUUCCUGCCUUCGAUCCUUUCCUUAAAAUAGAAGAAAGAAAAACCAACAUUUAUUUGUCAAUCCCUAGAAAUUAUUCUACUUCUUAUUCAUCCUCUUCAGUUGCUUUGUUUGCCUCAAUAAUACUUGUCUUUUCCUUGAAUAGCUGAUGAUGUCAUUUGAGACUUAGCAAAUUUGGCGUGAAUAGCAUUUCGCUGACACAGAACCUGUUUCUGUCACAAUCCUGAAACAUAUCAUGUUACAUGUUCUACACAGUUGAACUAAUACAGCUAUCAUCCACAAUCCCUGGCUAGCUUUCGAAUAGAAUAAAAGUUGAAUUUUAGUAGAAUAGUUGCAGUGAGACGGUUUCACCUUUGUCGUGGAGAACAUGCAGCUUGCUUUGCUAUUCCUUCCGCUACUGAUUACAGGGACUGCUCUUGGUGAGGCUGGAUGGGAAGAAGAUGAAGAAUACGAAGAGGAAGAAGAUGAUUCGCAGUUCGCUGAGGUAAUCGCCGAAACAGAUACUGCCUUGAUCCGGUUAAGCUUUAAACAAAAGAUAAACUUGGGCUGCCACCAAUUACAUGUAUCGUCGGAUAUUCAGACUAGAUCAUAUUCAAAAAAAUGUAGUUUCGUCUACUCAAUCACUUCCUAACAAUCUAGGUGAAAAUUGCCCCUUUAUACAUACCUACAAAAGUUAAACGAAAAAAAUUAAAUGCUUCGGUCAAUGUUUAGUCUCGCUCACAGUGAUGAAAAUUCGUUCCUCUCUCGUUGCUUGCAGAACUACUUAAGACAAUACCAUUACUUAUCAAACACCAGGUCAGGAAAUCAUGACAGUACCACAGCAAUAAAAAAUUUCCAGAAAUUCUUUGGACUCGAACAAACGGGAGUCCUGGACGAUGCAACUUUAAUGCAGAUGAGAAAGCCCCGAUGUGGAGUCCCGGAUGUAGAUGUUGGUGGAGGGCGCCGCAAACGUUACUCCACAGGUAGCAAGUGGUUCAAGACUGAUCUGAAGUAUUACCAGGAGUUUGGGGACGAUAUGUCACACGCUGAUCAGAUGAGGAUCAUAACCCGCGCUUUUAAAUACUGGAAGGACGUUGCACCGAGACUAAAAUUUACCAGAAUCAAUAAUCGAGGCCAAGCCGACUUUUGGGUGAGGUUAGUGGUCUCUUUGCCUUAUUUAAGAUCAAUAAUUGUUUAAAAUCGACUCAAUUUCGACCAGAUUAAAAAAAAAAGGGCUCAGGUCUUUGAAGACAAUCAUUUUUUUUUCUUUAACAAAAUCAAUAUCUAUAAAUUCCUUGCAAGUGCCCUGAAAAGAAAGGGUGUUUCUUUGGUUCUUAAGUGUUGGGAAACAAUUAAGGCCAGAUACUUGGAAUCGUGUUACAUGAUAAGGUUUAGUUCGUAGUAACAUGGAAAUUUCAAAUGUAAAUAUUUUUGUGACAACAGUUCUGAACCGUAUUUUUAACUCAUUUUCAGCAGUUUGAUACUCGAGUACUCCGCCGAGAUGGUUUUCCUAGUUUUUGAAUUAACUAAAGACUCUUCCAUUAGGACAACGCAGUAAUUUAGUUUCCGUUGUUCAUGAGGCUAACAAUUUCUGGUUAGCAAUACUGCAUCUGCUGCUAUUCGGUGAAAGUCCGAGUGAUUCGUUUAUUCUCAGUAAGCAUAUAUUCAUGUCCAUUAGCUUUGGACGCAAGACCCACUCUGGUGUACAGGGAGAACGUCAAUGCGGUUCCCCAUUUGAUGGACCAGGGAACGUCUUGGCGCAUGCAUAUUUUCCACCCGAUGGACGAAUCCAUUUCGACGAUGAUGAGCGAUACUCAGAGUUUGGAAGUUCGUCAGGGUUUUGGUGGUGGAAAAAGCAUACUUGGGGACUUUUGUGGGUAGCGGUACACGAGAUUGGACACGCAUUGGGUCUACAUCACUCUGAUGUUAAAGGCUCAGUGAUGUGGCCUACAGCAAGCAAAGGAGCACCGAAAUUGCACCAAGAUGACAUAAAAGGCAUAAGGUCGCUCUACGGUAAGUUUUCAAUCACUCAUCUCAUCCACCUCCUUGAUUUAGAAUUUUGCUCAAAUUCAUCAAGCGCUGAAUCUUACUAA